GACUCCGAUAUCGACGUCUCUUCGACAGACGACGAAGAGUUGCAGGAAGAAGAGAAGAUCGACGAAGAAGACGAGAUCGUUAAUGUCGACUUUGACUUCUACAACCUGAACCCAACAGUGGAUUUUCAUGCCACCAAGAACUUUCUGAGGCAACUCUUUCAGGAUGAUUCCGUUUUUUUCCCCUUGUCUGAACUUACUGACCUAAUUCUCGAAGAAGGACAUGUCGGUACAACGAUUAAAGCAGACGGAAUGGAAAGCGAUCCGUUUUCCAUCAUCUCUGUUUUGAACAUAACGAACAAUUUGAAGUCUAAGGCAAUGCAAGAGCUCACGAAAUACUAUAUUGAAAAGACUUCCAAAAACACCCAAUUCAACGUCAUUUUGAGACAACUUUUUUCCCCGUCCUCCAAGCAUAAGGUCGGUCUGAUCUUCUCUCAAAGACUGGUCAAUAUGCCGGUUGAAACUGUGCCUCCUCUGUAUACUAUGCUUCUUGAAGAAAUGGAGAAGUCUGAACAGCGGGAAAAAGAAUACGAUUUCGACUACUUUCUUAUUCCGUCAAGGGUGGCCAAACUCGUUGCCUCGAUGGCAGACAAAGAGCUCGAUGAUGAGGACGAAACCACAGCCCGGAAAAGAAAGAAGAAGGACACUGCUUUGCCAGCCGAGUACGACUAUGUCCAUUAUGAAGACGAGCAGCUCGAACAGAACGCUCUCCACUACGGCUAUUUUGAGUUCACCAACAAAAACGUCGAGGCCGAUGCUAGAAGAGUGUUCAACGACUAUGGUAUCGAACCCCAAAUGAACCUCAUUCUCAUCAACAAGACGUCUCUCGCCAAGGCUGUUGCACAGAUGGCCAAGGAAUAU